AAUGGCUACCGCCAAGAUUCCCGAAGGAGGCACCUACCUCGAUACCUUCAAGGGAUCCUUCACCAAGGUCCCAAUUGACGCCGAGAAAGGCAAUGCCAUUUCCACCACCGAAUUCCUGGACGCCGCCGAGUCCCUGACAACCAUGUUUGAUCUUCUCGGCUCCGUCGCCUUCUCGCCGGUCAAGAAGGACAUGAUGGGCAACAUCGAGAAACUCCGGAAACGCCAACUCGCGGCUCCCCUCGAAUCUCAGACCCUACAAGACCUCGUGCGGAACGAGCUCAAGACCAAGUCUCACACAGCGACUGAGGGGCUGCUCUGGCUCGUAAGAGGCCUCGAGUUCACUUGCAUAGCCCUUAGCAAGAACGUGGCGCAGGAGUCCGAGGAGCUCGCCGACUCGUUCCGCGGCGCCUACGGCGUGACGCUGAAGCCGCACCACAGCUUCCUGGUGAAGCCCGUCUUCAGUGCUGCCAUGAGCGCCUGCCCGUACCGCAAGGACUUCUAUGCCAAGCUCGGUUCUGACGAGGCCAAGGUCAAGGAGGAGCUGCGGGAGUACUUGGCUGCUCUGGAUAAGAUUGUGGCCAUCCUCAAGGCUUUCCUCGACAGCAAGGACGCUAAGUGGUGAGCGGGGGAAGGGCAUGGAUAUAUUCAGGAGGUGAUAGACAGCGGAUGAGCUCUGAUAAAAUAAUCAAGAGAAAGGGAUGGAUAUGAUAUAUACCUAUAUCUCAUCGGACAGCGAACGGAAUUUUUGGACAUCCUCAUUCUAUGCCCCCUUCUCUCCCGCUGUUAUAGCCCUCUCCCUGAUGGCCAGCAUAUCUCCAGUCUAGCCGCCAUGCCACACGCUUGGUUACUACGCACCCAGGGGCCAAUGCGUGUUGCUGGCUUCAAAUGCCGGACUAAUAAGAACAGGGAUGAACUAGGAGUCAAACGAAAGGUACUGUACUGUGGUGAGUGGAAAAAC